AUGCAAAUGCAACACUACCUCUUCAAUUUGACACCCGUUAUUGUCAAUCAGCACGAAAUUAUUGUAUCAGACAUUCCACAAGAAAAUGCAGUAAAUUCGCCAGUGCAUAAUGACGAUCCUGAAUUGCAACAAGAUGAGGAUAUUCUUGCAAAUUUAUGCUCCGCAGCCAGGAUACAGUUUGGUGAAGUAGUUGUGACAGAUUCAUUGUUUCACUCCAUCGAUUACAGAGUUCCCGAACUUUCCUCAGUUUUACCAGCGCACGCAACAAUCCAUAUUAAUAAAGAAAGGGGUCGAAUUUUACAAACUAGUGAAGAGAAAUUUUUAGAAGAGUUAUCAUUUGUCCAAAUGUUCCCCUACGGAAAAGGUGGAUUAAGCUGCAUCAGGUCAACACAACUAACACCGUUGGAUUAUUUUCAGUCACGAGUCAUGUCUCCAAACACAAGAUUCUGGGACAAUUCCUAUUUGUUUUACGCACUCAGUAGAAUGGAGGAACAUCGUGUGAAGCAAAAAAUUGCGGUUUGUGGACAAAUGGAAAAUGGAGGGCAAGACGGCGACCACCCUGCUUUAAAGAACAUUCACCUGUAUAUGUCCUCAAUUAGAGGAAGUGCCUCUUACUGGAAGAAGUACACAGGCGACCUAAUUGCCAUGAUUAAACAACUCGGUGUUCCUACUUUCUUCCUGACAUUUUCAUCUGAUGAUUUGAAUGCACCGGAUUCUUUGGCUGGGUUAAUUGUUGCAGAAUCGAUGAGGGCCAACUCUGAAUAUAAGGAUAUCUCUGCUGCAGUCAAGACGUGCUUGGAAAAUAAUAAUAUUGUUGGCUUAAAAGAAAUUUUGAAAACUCUCAAUUAUGAUCAAAAGUGCGAUUUACUCAAUCGUCAUCCCAUCCAGUCUGCGAGACACUUUUCUCAUCGCGUAAAUGCAUUCAUGAAAUUCAUCAAAUCCUCCGCUGCUCAGAUAUUUGGAUUUCCUUUGAAAGAAUACAGUUACCGCAUUGAAUUCCAACAUAGGGGCUCUCCACAUUUACAUAUGCUGAUUUGGUUAGAUGGAACAUUACCCGACUUUAAAUCUCCAGAAGGGAUAUCAUUUAUAGAUAAAAAUGUCUCAUGCAGAAUUCCAGACGAAGAUGAUGAGCUGAAAUAUCUUGUACCUAAGUAUCAAAGCCAUCACCAUAAAGAGACUUGUUACAAAGAUAGAGAAAAACCAAGUUGCAGAUUUGAUUUCCCAAGAAAAGUGGCAAGCGAAACCAAAGUCCUUGAAGAAGAUGACGUUGCUAGAAAUAAGGGAAGGUUUGUUACAUUAAAAAGAACAAAGGCGGAGCAAUUCAUAAAUAAUUAUCAUCCAGUCCUUCUAAAGCUUCUGCAAUGUAACAUGGACAUCCAACUAGUGACCGAUGCAAAUGCCGUGGCAUAUUAUAUUGCUAAGUACAUUAGUAAGGCAGAACCAACAGACAUACAAACUGAAAUCCAAAAGAUAUUUCAAGAUAUGCAAGCUAAUCCUUCUUCAUCUUGCUACAGUAUGGCAACUAAAAUAGCUAUGAAAAUUAUGAAUCACCGUCAAGUCGGAGCCCCUGAAGCUGCUUUUCGCCUUUGCCACCUUCCAUUACGAUAUUCCUCAAGAUCAUUUGUCUUCAUACCUGCCUAUCAACCAAGUGACCGACUACAUCUUGUACAUAAAGAAAGUGUGGGAAGAGGGAAUGUGAAAAUAGGAUUGAGCAUACUUGAGCGUUAUUGUGUGAGGCCUGACAGCUUAAAGAGUUGGUGCCUGCUCGAAUUUGCUGCUUGGUACAAACCAUGCAGAAGAGAAAAUCUUAUCUUUGAAAAUCCUGAGGAUACAUCAAGUGAGGAAGAUGAAGAGGAAGAGCUGGAUUUAAAUACAAUCGAUCUUAAAAACAACAAGGGAACGAUGAAGAAAAGAAAGAAGGCUGCCGUAGUAAAAUAUCCAAAUUUUGAUAUAAUCAGGGAAAAGGAAUCCUACUAUUACUGCAUGAUUCUCCUCUACUAUCCCUUUGAUGAUGAAGAAACCCUUGUAGUAGAGUACGGAACAAAUGCUGAGGCAUUUAGAAAUCUAUGCACUAGAUUCCGCUCAUUUCAAGACUCAGAUAUCUUGCGACCCGACUUAGCACAAGAAAUAGAUAAAGCUCUGACUCGAAUACAACUUUGUGAAGUUCCUGCUCCUCCUUUUGUAAAUGGCGAAGACAUCAAUUAUGGCGAUGAAUUUGAGGAUGAGCCAAACAUUCCAGACCAGGGCGAACUUUUCCAACCUCCACCAAAUGUUGGCAGCCUGGUAGACCGGUAUCGUUCCUUUUCCGAAGAGCAGAAGGAAGUUUUUGAUAGAGUUCAUGCGAAGAUUGAACAGCAAUAUUCACAACAAGUCCUUUCUCAUAUUGCUGGAGCUGGUGGUUGUGGUAAAAGUUACUUGAUUGACGGAUUAUCAGCAUUGAUUAGCACAUUUGAAACUCAAGAGAAGCCAAACACAUUACUGAAAGCAGCCCCAACAGGAAUGAGUGCAUUGAAUAUUGGUGCCACAACAACUCAUAGAGCGUUUAAACUUCCAGUCCAGCGAGGUCGUAUUCCACCUUACUCUGCCUUAAACAGCCGUCAGCUUGAGGAGAUGCGGCAAGCAAUAAGAAAUGUUGAAUGGAUUAUCUUGGACGAAAUAUCAAUGGUUGCUUAUGAAUCACUUAGAACUGCCCACUUGAGACUGUGUGAAGUAAGGAACAAUGACCUUCCUUUUGGAGGAUUAAAUGUUCUAGUGUUUGGCGACUUGAUGCAGUUUGCCCCUGUUAAUGGUUCUUGGUGCUUUAAGCCUCCUCCCAACCUUGCGCACGAACAGAAUCUCUGGAAAUUUUUCGAUUUUUACGAAUUACACAAGAAUCAUAGGCAGACUAAUGAAAGUGAAUACUUGAAUCUGUUGAAUAGAUUGAGAUUUGGCAAUUGUACAACAGACGACUAUAAACUGUUGGAGUCCAGAAUUUUUAACGAGGAAGACCCGCAUGAUAUGGAAAUGGCAGCGAAAUUUGCCGAUGCUCUGUCGUUAUUCCCAGACAAGAAGGGAGUUAAACAGCAUAAUGCUGAGAGAACUGAGGAGUUACGGAAGAGAAACCCGAAUAUUUAUAAUAUCAAGGCACUGGAUUUAUUUGCAGAUGGAAACAAAUUCGAUCAACAUUGCCCGGAUAAUCUUAUACCCAACAAUGAUAGAUUUACGGCAGGGAUCCCAUCAAAUAUUCAACUUGGGGUGGGAAGUAGGGUGAUGCUAAUUAGAAACAAGAGUCUGAUGAAUGGGCUAGUCAACGGAAGUGUUGGUACUGUCGUUGGUCUGAAGUGGACAGCUUUGAGAGACGAACAAUUACAGGAUGGAGACCUGCCUGAGGCUGUGAUAAUUCGAUUUGAUGGGGAUGCUGGCGGUGCAUACAGGGAUCUCAACGGAUACGUUAAAAUCGACACGGUUACAUUUGAAUUCGUUGGAAAUCGUCAAACUCUAAUUAAACGUAGGAUGCUUCCAAUUGUCCUCUGUUGGGCCCUGGUAUUUCAUAAAUGUCAGGGAUUGACGCUUCACAUGGACAGCAUUCAACUAGCCUUACGCCAUUUCGCCAAAGCCAUGGCGUACGUUGCCCUCAGUCGAGUGAAGACGAAGGAAGGUCUUCGAAUCCUCGGAUUGAAAGAAAAGAAUAUUCUGACAUUGGCGCCGAAUAAGACUCCAUGUGAUGAGGAUGCGGUGAAAGAGCUGUACAGACUACGGAUAAUGAAAAUUGGUAUUGUGCUUGAUAACGAAGUACAAGAAAUGCUAGAGUGGAUUCUGGAUUUUCCUAAUUGUUUUAAUUGUAAAAAGUGGAUUUGUCAAUGUACUUGCAAGAUGUAA